ACCAUGACCAGACCGAGUCACUUCGACUUCAACCACUGUUACUUUUCCAAAUUCCAUUCGCUACUCUAGACUUUAUACUAUACAACGCAUUAUAAAGUGACCAGAGAUGGCUCGACCUCGUCAUGGACCUUCACAAACCAUAGUGAUCAAACUCGGAACUUCGUCCAUCGUCCAUGAGACUACUCAUCAGCCUCUUCUGUCUACCCUUUCUGCCAUUGUGGAGACAGUAGUACACUUGCGGACGUUAGGACAUAAGGUUGUUCUGGUCAGCUCAGGAGCCAUUGGUGUAGGUUUGAAACGCAUGGAGAUGCCUAGCAAACCAAAGUCAUUGUCAGGGAAGCAGGCAUUAGCAGCCAUCGGUCAAGGUCGGCUGAUUGCGCUUUGGGACGAUUUGUUUGGACACCUUGGCCAGCCUAUUGCACAAGUUCUCCUGACGAGAGGCGACAUUUCUGACCGCACCAGAUACCUCAAUGCAGUAAACACAUUCAAGGAGCUCCUCUCGCUUGGUGUUGUUCCGAUUGUGAAUGAAAACGAUACUGUCUCCGUCAGCGAAAUCAAAUUUGGCGACAAUGACACACUUUCAGCGAUCACCUCCUCAAUGCUCCAUGCAGAUUAUUUAUUCCUUCUGACAGAUGUGGAUAGUCUUUAUACCUCAAAUCCUAGAAAGGACCCAUCGGCCAAACCCAUAGAUAUCGUAACGUCCAUACCUGCCAUUCGAUCACAAGUCAGUACCACAACAUUGGGUUCCAAUCUCGGAACAGGUGGAAUGGAGACAAAGCUUAUAGCUGCAGAGAUCGCGACAGCUGCGGGUGUGACUACAGUCAUUACUUCGAGCAAAGAUCCACGAAAUAUCCUGAAGAUCAUCCAGUACAAUACGUCUCUCACUUCCGGCACCUCGACUCCGCUAGAAAACGCUUCAGGCCGCUCGAGUCCAACUCCAAUAGCCCAUCCAUCUCCUCCCGCUGUCUCAGGAUCAGGUUCGCUCACGCCUCUCACCAACCAGGAUUCUCGCUCUGUUACUCCAAGCGCUACGCCGUCCGCGUUAAGACCUCCACACACGUUGUUCAAACCUUCUCCCAUCCCUAUGCGAGAUUUGAAAGCCUGGACCAGUCAUACACUGCAUCCAACAGGCAGUGUCAUCAUCGACGAAGGUGCUCAUCAGGUGUUAUCGAAGAGGCAGUCAGGUGGGAGAUUGCUGGCCGCUGGUGUAGUAGGCGUGAAAGGUGUAUUUGCUUCUGGACAAGCUGUUCGGAUUCUGGUGAAGAAGAAGAAUCAGCAGCCCCUUACGACGUCGACAUCUGAGGGAGCCGACGUCAGGAAUGGACAAGAUGGGUUGCAUGAACCUGUUGUUCCGGUCACUUCUCCGACACCGACGGAUGAACAGGUAACACCGUCGGCGACUGUUAAGGUGCUCCCCGAAGAAGACCAUAUAGUUGUUCCGCCAUCCUCGAAUGUUGACACGGAUGCGGACGAGGACUUUGAAGAGGUCGGGAGAGGGUUAGCAAAUUACAACUGGGCACAAAUCGACAAGGUCAAGGGACUCAAAAGUUCAUACAUUGCUCAAACGCUUGGAUAUGCGGAUUCUGAGUAUGUUGUCGAAAAUGUAACGAUCCGCGUUCCGCCGUGAUCGUCUGUCCUUAUCUGGAGAAAUUCUGGAGGCUUCACCGUGGGUUAUUUUUGCAGCGCGUCUUAUGUAGAACGUGUAGCAUAGCCCCUGAGGGAAUAUCAUCAGUCUUUUAACCUGGAACCAUCAGUCCUUGGCUCUC